AUGGACACGUUCCGUUUCCUAGGUAUGGGUGCCCAGGCGGGGACUCCUCGUGCUCCUACUUCCGGGCCCUCUGAUGACUGGCUGCCAAGCCAGGAGGAAGGAGCCCAGCUCAUGAGAGCCAGCUCACUGCCUGCCGUAGCAAGCACCCACGACGACAAUGUCCAAAUGAUCCGCACGUCUGAGGAGUCGAGCCCAGCGAUGCUCCGUAAUAACCACCUUGCAAGGAGCCUCUGGUAUUAA